GCCGAGGAACAGACACGGGACUUCAAGGAGCUAGCAUGUAAAGCGAGCGUGUUUCAUCUGAUAGCAUAGGUAUGAUAUGGUUUCAGUAUAGCUGCUGCCGAUACCAGGCUUAGUCAAGCAAUUCAUCACCCGUAGACUGACAGAGUUGACGAGAUGGCAAUUGAUGUCUCACGCCUUCACACAAAAUACCGCAGUCGAUAGCUUACGAACGUGCGACGACUUGACCAGGCCAUUGCAUCUGCCAGCGCAUCCUGUCUUGUGGCUUGGAAACAAGCCAAGAUGGUCGCUCGUCAAUGUGAGCUUUGUCAGGUGCGAAAGCCACAGAUGCGACGACCGCGUAAUGGCAUGAAACUCUGCAAAGACUGUUUCUGCACCUCACUGGAGCAUGAAUCCUACAAGACGAUCGUCAAGCAUAAACUCUUUCAUCGUGGUGAACGAAUCGCUAUUGGGAGUAGUGGUGGGAAGGAUUCUGUGUUUGCGGCGUAUAUGCUCAAGACGCUCAAUGAGCGCUAUGAUUUGGGAUUAGACCUUGUGAUGCUCAGUGUCGAUGAGGGCAUUAAAGGCUAUCGCGACGAUUCCCUUGAAACUGUCAAACGCAAUCAAAUCGAGUAUGCAUUACCGCUCAAGAUUGUCAGUUAUGAUGAGUUGUAUGGGUGGGAUAUGGAUCGCAUUGUUGCUGCUGUUGGUAAGAAGUCAAAUUGCACCUUCUGUGGUGUGUUUCGCAGACAGGCGCUCGAUCGUGGUGCAGAGAUGCUGGGAAUUCAGCAUAUUGUGACUGGGCAUAACGCGGAUGACAUGGCUGAGACAGUGAUGAUGAAUCUGCUACGUGGCGAUGUUGCUCGUUUGGGUCGUUGUACGGCCAUCAUCACUGAAGGUGGUGAAUCCACCAUCAAGCGCUCAAAACCCUUCAAAUACACCUAUGAAAAGGAAAUCGUCCUGUAUGCGCACUUCAAAAAGCUCGAUUACUUUUCAACAGAAUGCUUGUACUCACCUGAAGCAUUUCGCGGGACUGCACGGACGCUGAUUAAGGAUCUGGAGGCGAUUCGACCGAGUGCCAUCAUUGAUAUUAUCCAUUCUGGCGAGCAAUUUGAGAUCAAAGAGGCAGCUGCAAUUCAAAAGCCUGGAUCGUGUGUGCGUUGCGGGUACAUGUCUAGCAAAGAAGUCUGCAAAGCCUGCGUCUUGUUGGAAGGUCUCAACACUGGUAUCAGUAAGCUGGGUAUUGGUGAUGAGAAGAAGGCUCGUCGUCGUCAUGCGGAGCAGCAGCAGCAGCAGGAGAAGACCAAGUCGACGACAAUCGAGCGACGUACGGCAAUCCAAGGUGGUCUGGACUUUUGAAGGGACAGCACUGCGUGUCUAGAGGAAGAGCCACCAUCCGCAAGAAGGCAGGAAGCCGAUGAUGACGAGGAUGAACAGCGUCAAGGGUAUCUUGUACUCCACGUCUCGGCCGUUCUUUGCUUCAAGGCUAGCAAUCAUUUUGUUGUGUCGUCGUUGUCUGGCUUGGUAAUACCUUG